UUAAGUUAAAUAUUUUUUCUUAAAAAAUAUUAUAAUUUUAACUAGAUAAUUUACUUGAUAAUAAAUAAUUAUUUAUAAAAAAACAAUCAAACAAACAAAAUGUCUAUUAUUUUCAAUAAAAUUAAUCUAAUUGUAUUAAUCAGUAUAAUAAUAAUUGUUAAUAUUUCUAUACCCUGUCUAUGCUUUCCUACCGGUGCUCCAACAUGGGCCUGUGCUGACCAGAAACCUGGACACGGUUUUCCACCGCAAAACUCGCCGUCACCCUAUCAACUGGAUGUCCAGCCACAGCAAAAUGGACAGUCGUAUAAGCUUACUAUCAAGUCGUCCAGUGGCCAAACAUUUCGCGGUUUCCUAAUCGAAGCCCGACUAGUGGUUGGCAAUGGUGUCGGUAGCCAACCGGUCGGCCGUUUCGAGUCGACAAACACGACUAUAGCUCAUACAAUCAAUUGUCCCGGCGGUCAAAACAAUGCUAUUACACACUCAAAUCCUGUUGACAAACAUGAGAUAAUUGUGCUCUGGUAUCCGCCACCGCAAGGAUCAACACCUGGACAGCACUCGUCGGUCAGAUUUGUGGCAACAGUAGUGAAGGUAUACAAUACCUAUUGGAUGAACCUAUUAUCAGCACCGAUACAAUUGAACUAAAAAUUUUAUUUUGUUGUUAAUAAGUUAGAUAUAUUCCCCCC